AUGCAAGACAUCAAAAGAAAAAUCAUUCCAUCCGUUAUCAAUACUUUGAAGAUGCGUUUCUCCAGCUAUGAAGAAACAAUCUACUCGCAUAUGAAAUGCAUUGACCCAUCAUAUUGGUCUGAGGAUAGGGAUUAUGGAAAUGAAGAUAUAUCAGCAUUAGUGAAACAUUUUGAGAAACCGCUCUCCUUCAACCCUACUCGUGUUUUGAAAGAGUGGAGAAGCUUCAAAAUCUUUGUUAAAAGUCAUUAUCCCAAGCUGCCUGAUGCACAAUCCUUAUGGAGAUCCAUCCUAUCACAACGCCGCCAAGAAUUUCCUAACCUUUCCAUGUUGGCCAGUCUCAUUAUGAGCAUCUCGGUAUCCAAUUCGUCGGUCGCAUGUACGUUCAGUGUCAUGACAAAUAUCUU